AUGACAGUUAAUCCGAACAUUAAAUCCAUAGCUGUCAUAGGAUGCGGUCCCUCUGGUGCUGGUGCCCUUAAGGCAUUCUUAGCAGAAGGCACAUUUGAUAGGGUCAAAGCCUUUGAAAGGAGAUCAGAUUUUGGAGGACUUUGGAACUAUACUACGGAAACAGACAUUGGAGCUGUGCCUAUUCCCAACACUGAUCCUACAAUUGAUUUGAAGGCCAAGCUCUGUAAGCAGACAAAUAAGUAUGUAUGGCCUGCUGCUGUGUACGACUACUUAGAUACCAAUGUGCCUCGGGAUAUCAUGUCGUAUGCUGAGUUUCCAUUUGACGACAGUCUUCCCUUGUUCCCCCACAGAGAAGAUGUUCGCAAGUAUCUCAACAAUUAUUCCGAGGAAUUGAAGCCGUACGUUGCAUUCAACACCAAAGUAGUUGAUGUUGACUACGUUGACGGGAAAUGGCAGGUCACCAGUCGUCCUGUAUCCAUCGAGACUGAAGGUGGUUUGAAAAGAUCUGAAGAUGAAGGUCUUGAAGACACUGUUGAAACUUUUGAUGCAAUCUUACUUUCGGUGGGCAACUAUGAUCUUCCUUAUAUCCCGGAGAAGGAUGGGAUUGAGGAAUGGAUAGCCAAGUAUCCCGGAUCAAUUAUACACACCAAAGAUUAUAGAAGCCCUCAACAAGUUUGCGGUAUGGUAAGCAAGGAAGGGAACAUCUUGGUGGUUGGGAACUCUGCGUCUGCGGGUGACUUGUGUUUUCAGAUAGCUACGCAAGAGAAGCGUCUGGUUUACAAGUCGAUUAGAUCUAAGAGUAAACAUCCAGCAGGAACAUCGGAGUUAACCCGUGAAGUGGGAGACAUUGAAAAGUUUGAUGCAGACAGUAAAUCUGUGCAUAUUAAGAACGGAACAAUUAUCGAAAACGUUGAAUUGAUUAUAUUUGCUACUGGAUAUUUGAAGUCAUAUCCCUUUUUGAAUAAGAAUGUCACUGCAAAGUUCCCAUUGUUGACAGAUGGUUUACGAGUCUUAAAUGUUUACGAACAUAUUUUCCCCUUCUACUAUCCCAAUUUGGCUAUUCUUGGACUCGGAAGAUUUGUUCUUCCCACACGGACAUCGGAAACUCAAGGCUGCUACGUCAGUAAGGUAUGGAGUGGGAAAUUGACAUUACCUCCAGUGGAAGACAUGAUCAAAUGGGAGAAGGAUAGAGUCGCCAUAAAGGGACCCGGGAAAGCAUUUCACGAUCUCCCAUUCCCUGACGACGUUAACUACAGCCAAAACUUGAACCAACAGAUCAUCGCUGCUGGCGGGGGGCUCGUACCCCACGUCUGGACUGCAAAAGAGAUAAUUAUCCGAGCCCUAAUGGUUCAAGUCAAAGUCGGAUAUAUCAAAUACAAACAGGCUUCUGGGAUGAGCGCAACGUCGUAUCAGGAAUUGAUUGACGCCGGCUACCUAGAACCGUUUGAAGUGUCCGAAGAGAAUGCACGAUACUUCUUAGACAAUGUGACUCAAUAA